UCCACUUCUCUUAGAGGAGGGCGUGUUUCACCAACCCAACUACUUCCAUCAACCUAAAUAAAAUCACGACCGUCAAUGCCAAAAUAGCGAUCAAUUAGGACCGUAAACCUUUUAUAGGACCCACAAAUAAGUCACGUGCUCUUAUACAGGGAGCCCGCAGAGGGCAGUACAAACUAAGAGAAGCAGUGGCAGAGUCCGCACUGUACUUAGGAGGAGGACUAUAAAACUCCCGAAACCCCCAAAUUUUCCUAUAAAAUCUCUCUUUCUCGCAAUCUUUGCGGCUAUCUCUAAUCUCUCUUAGUAGCAGAGAGAAUAAAGAAAGCCCUUUUCGCCCUUUUCUUUAGUAGAUAAUCAAAAGUAGAGAAUCAGAGAAUAAAGAAAGCCUUUUUUUCUCUUGAAGGCACUAAAAUAAUUUUCUCCAUGGCUACCCAAGUAGAAGAAUCUACCCCCAAUCCUCAAGUGGUGGGGAAUGCCUUUGUGGAGCAAUACUACACUUUACUGACUCGAUCUCCAAAGGAUGUUCACAAAUUUUACCAUAACUCCAGUGUGAUUAGCCGGCCGGAUUUUGAUGGUUCCAUGUCCUCUGCAUCAACUUUGGAGGGCAUUGACAAGAUGAUCCUUUCCCUUGACUACAGCAAUUGUGGGGUUGAGAUAUUGACGACAGAUUCUCAAAAGUCUUUUGGGAAUGGAGUGAUUGUUAUGGUGACUGGCUUCUUUACUGGAAAGAACAGUAUCAAAAGGAAAUUUACCCAAAUGUUCUUUUUAGCACCACAAGACAGCCAUGCUGCCUACUAUGUUUUAAAUGAUGUUCUUAGGUAUGUGGAUGAAAAUGAAGCUGCAACAAUUGAAAUCAAUGAUGUUGAUGACACUGCUCCAGCAGCUCCUGUGACACCAGAUCCUGAGCCAACUCUGGUUUCUGAUCAUAUUGUGCUGGAGCGUACAGCCUCCCCUUUGGAGGAUACUCCUCAAGCUGAGGAACCUAGCCACCCAUCAGAGAAUGGAAAGAUUUCUGAUGCUGAUGAAGUAGUUUCUGGUCAUUCAGUUGAUAGCAUUCCCAAUGAUGGUCCCCCAGUUUCUGCUGGUGCAGGUCAGAGUGAUGCUUGCAAAGUUUCUGAGGCAACUGUUAAUAAUGUCCAGGAGGAUACUCCCAAGAGGUCUUAUGCAUCAGUAGCUAAUGAGUUGAAUUAUAAAAAGCAACCAUUCCAGCAGAGGAUUGUAUCUGCGAAACACGUUGAACAUUUGCGUCCAACUGCAGCACCUGAAGCAUCUCCUCACCCAGUUAAUAACAAACCUGUGGAAAAAAUUAACAACAAUUCAGUAAAGGGUCAUUCCAUAUUUGUUGCCAAUUUGCCAAUGAAUGCAACUGUUGAAGAUCUUAUAGAGACAUUUCAGAAAUUUGGGCCUAUUAAACCUAAUGGUGUUCAAGUCAGAAGUUAUAAGCAAGAAAAGAAUUGCUUUGGCUUUGUUGAAUUUGAAUCCGCAAGUUCAGUACAGAGUGCUCUUGAGGCUUCUCCUAUCAGGAUUGGUGAACGAGAAGCUCAUAUUGAGGAGAAAAAAGCUAAUAACGAGGGAGGGAAAUACGCCCCUAGAAAGGGUGGUUUCAAAGGUGAGAAUUUCAGGAGCCGUGGAAACUUUAGCGGAGGCCGAGGCUAUCAGUUUGAUAAUCAGGGUGGUGCAUCAGGUCAACAUCGUGGUGGUAUGGCAAGACGCAAUGGAGAAGCUAACCAGAAAGUUUAUCAGAAUGGAGGAAGAGUACCUCGACAAACUCAAACCCAACCUCAGGCUGAGGCUCAAGGUGUUAACAUUUAGGUUUCUGAUCUACUCUGGAAUUUUGUUUAUUUACAAUAUUAUUAUUAUUAUUUUGCUCAAUUAUUUAGAUAGGGAAGUUUUUAGGCGAUCAGAUUGCGGCUCUUUUCAUUUCUUCUUUAGUCCGAUAGAUAGAGUUGUUUUUUAAGUGAUUUGCAUUGCCUUGCCUCGUGAAGGCAGAAGAAACAGAAUUAUGUUUCUAUUCAAAGUUUAUGUUUGUUUUUGGCACUGUUGGUUUUUUUACGUCUCUAAUGCACCUGAAUUUUGAAUUA